AUGAACAUAGCAUUUAGUUAUGCAUCAAAAAUAUUUGCACCAAUGUUCAAUUGUUUCAUAUUUCAUGAUGGUGAUCUCAUACCAGAAAAUGACUAUAAUAUAUAUGAAUGUGAUCAACAUGGACCACGACAUCUAGCACCGGCAGUUAAUGAAUUACGCUAUUCCUUAAUGUAUAAUGACUUAAUCGGCGGCGUUCUUGCUGUGACCAAAGACCAAUUCAUUAAAGCAAAUGGUUGGUCGAAUUUAUAUUGGGGUUGGGGAUUUGUUAGAUUGCGUCAAGUGGGUUAUGGUGUUAAUCGACCGCCUAAUAACGUUGGCCGUUAUAAAAUGAUUCGUUAUGAAAAACAAAUACCUUCAUUUAAUAGAUUUAAAACACUGAGUAAAUGGCUUCGUUAUUCUUCUGAUGGCAUUCGACAACUAAGUGUAUCAAUAUUAAGAUGGGAUCUUACUCGGUUACUUCUCGGUUAUCAACAAGAAUAUGAUUCCAUCAUGUCUAUUGUCGUGGUCAAAUUUCUCGUAUCGAGUUUGCUUCUCUUUGGAUAUACAUGUCAAUUGUGUCUAACAACAAUGUGUACGUCAUCGAUAUAUUUCAAUUGGUUUCUUAUUGUUACUGAUUGUCGUUAUAUCUACUCAUAUAUCCUGUAUAUAUGA